AUGAUCUUUUUUGCGCGUCUGCACUUUGAUCUUACGGAUCUAAAAGUGAUUAUAAUCAUCAUAUCCUUGCUUCUGCAACGUGCAUGCGCUCUACCACCUUCCAGGGAUAAAAAUCCAAUCGACUUGGACAUCUCUGGACCGCGUCCCAAGGGAGUUUUAAUUACGAAAUCUGUAAUAUACAAUGAAGGGUGUUACUAUUCCGUCAGAAAGGAUUGCUCAGGAGGUAACAAAAUCGGUGAUGUCAGCGAUGGAGGUAAGUAA